AUGUCUGCCGACCACGAAAUCAAGCUGGAAACGCUCGAGCCCGACAUCCUUUCUUUACGGGGGACCAAAUCAGAACCAGGCAUAAGAAUCAACGAAGCCAUGGAUACAAACAAAGAGGUUACGCGGCCUCUACUAGAAAGUCACAAGUCAUUAUCUUACACGGACCUACCAGGCACAGGCACGAGAGCCGGCAAAGACGGGUCCAGACCUCGGGUUGAAGCGCUCGACGCUGAGACCGAUUCCGACUCGUCGAAUCCAUUCGCGGACCCUGAGGUUGCAGAGCGCUAUGCGGCGCUCUAUGAGAAAGCGCAGUAUGAAUGUCGGCAUGUCUUUGACCCGACCUUGGUCUGGACGAGGGAGGAAGAAAGAAAGAUUGUGAGGAAGAUUGAUGGGAAGUGCGUGAUGUUCUUCGGCCUCCAAGUCGACAGGAGCAAUCUCAUCCAGGCUGUUUCGGAUAACAUGCUGGAUGACCUGGGGUUGUCUACCAACGACUACAACGCCGGCAACGUAAUCUUCUACCUCUCCUUCCUCCUAGCCGAACUCCCCAGCCAACUCCUCUCCAAAGCCCUAGGCCCAGACCGCUGGAUCCCAAUCCAGAUGUCGCUCUGGUCGCUCGUCGCAAUCUCGCAGUCCUGCCUCUCAGGGCGGACCUCAUUCUUCUUGACCCGUUCUGCACUGGGCAUGCUCGAGGGCGGCUUCAUCCCGGAUAUCGUGCUCUGGCUGUCGUAUUUCUAUACGAGCCGCGAACUGCCGACGAGACUUAGUCUCUUCUGGACUACUCUCUCCGUAACCGAGAUCAUUGGGUCUUUCCUGGCAUUCGGCGUACUGCAUAUGCGCGGUGUCCUCGGGUGGGCUGGAUGGCGAUGGCUCUUCCUGAUAGAGGGGCUGAUCACGCUUGUCGUCGGACUAGCCUCGUUCUUCAAGAUGCCUGCGUCGGCGGUGGAAACGAAGACGUGGUUCAGGCCGAACGGGUGGUUCUCUGAUCGCGAGGUGCGCAUUGUCGUGAAUCGCGUGCUGAGGGAUGAUCCGUCGAAGGGAGACAUGCACAACCGCGAGGCAAUAACCCUCUCCGCGCUCUGGGACUCCUUAUGCGACUACGAUCUCUUGCCGAUUUACCUCCUAGGCUUGGUCGUUUACACCCCCAUGGUUCCGAUCAAGACGUAUAUAACCCUCACGCUGAAGAGCGUGGGAUUCGAUACUUUUUCCACAAACCUCCUCAUAGUCCCGUACAACAUAACGCACAUCCUCCUCCUGAACCUUCUCACGCACCUCUCGGAGCGUCUCAACGAGCGCGCCCUGGUCUCGUCAAUCCAAUCCCUCUGGGUCCUCCCCUGCCUCUUAGUCCUGCGAUUCUGGCCCAACGCAAUGAUAAACCCCUGGGGCACGUACGUAGUCAUGACAAUCUUACUCUCGCACCCAUACUGCCAUGCGAUAUUAGUCGGCUGGACGAGCAAGAACUCGAAUAAUGUGGGAACACGGACGGUGUCCGCGGCGGUUUAUAAUAUGAGCGUUCAAAUGGGCAAUAUCAUCGGCAACAGUAUCUUCAGGGAUGACGACGCGCCGCUGUAUAAACGGGGAUACUCGGUGCUGCUGGGGUUGAAUGUGCUGGGGAUUGCACUCUUGGUUGCGACGAAGGUCUACUAUACUAGACGGAAUAAGCAGAGGGAUGCUGUUUGGGCGCAGAUGAGUGAGGUGGACCGAGAAGCCUACACCAAGAACAGCCCCGAAACAGGGAGCAAAAGGCUUGAUUUCCGAUUUGCACAUUAG